AUGGUUGACACCCAUCAACAGAAUACGGCGCUGGGGGUCGUGGUUGCCUUCCCCAUUCUCGGGGGUCUUGCGGUUAUUCUGCGGCUUUGGAGUCGCCGGUUAUCGCGAUCGACACUCACCAGUGACGACUAUUUGAUUGUAUCGGGAUAUAUUCUAUCCGUGUGUCAAUCAGUGACUUCAUGGUAUUAUAUCAAGACCAACUAUGUCGGCAUCCAUUACUGGGAUAUCCCCAAGGACCACGAUGUCAAAAAGGGAUUGAUAUGGAACUUUGUCAAUCAACUUGUCUAUAAUCCAGCCCUAACGCUCACAAAAGUCUCGAUCCUAGUGUUUCUGCGUCGACUCGAGUCUCGGUCCCGCAUCGUCAAUAUUCUGUUCUGGACGUCCCUGGUCAUGGUCGUGGGACUCUUCAUCGCGGUGUUAUUUGUGGAUAUCUUCCAAUGCAACCCCGUGGCGUAUGUCUACGACACGUCGAUCCAGGGCGGCACCUGCAUUGAACAGGGCAGCUUCUAUGUCUCUAGUGCGGCCCUGAAUCUGUUCACAGACAUACUGGUGCUGUCGAUUCCCAUCAUCAUCACUUGGAGCCUGCAGAUGCCGCUGCGUCGCAAGAUUGCCGUUUGCAUUAUCCUGUGCCUGGGUGGAGUGGCCACGGCCAUCGGUGUCUGGCGCAUCAUCAUCCUCGCCCAAGCCUUCUUCUCCACCACCACCUCUCCCGACUACACCUAUUCGAUCGGCUUCUGCAGCUCCGCAAUUGAGGUGAACGUCGCCGUCAUCACCGCCUGCGGACCGUCCAUGAAAGCCAUCGCCACCAAAUACCUCCCACGCCUGCUCGGCAGCUCCAACGGCGAGACCUCCGGCUACGGCGCCGGCACCAGCGGCUCGCGGGGCCGGUUCCCAGGCUCAAAGAUCUUCUCCACGCGGCAGGCAUCGCACCUGCACUCGAACGCCGACGACGGGUACGAGAUGGCAGACCCGGCGGGCGGCCACCGCGUAGAGAUCGGCGCCAAUUCAGCAAAUGCGUUCGAUAUGCGCAAGUACCGCCGCGGCGGGGAUAGCCCGAGUAUCUCAAGUGGCAGCGAGGAUGGCGUCACAGGUAUCGUGAAAACCAUGGAUGUCUCCGUCAAGUAUACGGUGGGAGAGGUGGCGUCGACGGAGGAUGGCCGGUCGGAUGGCCGGUCGCGCGACGGCAAACAUGGCAGUGUGGAUAGUUUGGUGUAG